GGAUUUCUAAGCCAGCACAACAUUCAAGAUGCCCCGUAGCAGUCCUAUCGGAAUAACAUAUUUAAGAAACAAGAUCUAAAAAAUAAUGUGCCAUUAACAGGCUGCUGCAACAACAGCACCUUUAAAAUCUAUCGGUAGCGAAAAUGAUUGCCGCAGCUUUCCUGGUGCUGCUGAGACCUUACAGCAUCCAGUGCGUACUCCUUCUCCUCUUGCUCUUGGUGGGUACCAUCGCUACAAUCCUCUUCUUCUGCUGCUGGCAUCGCAGGUUGCACAAGGGACGGCACCCCAUUAAAUCAGUCUUUUCAGGUCGUUCACGGAGCCGAGAAGCUGGACUGCGAGCCCAUCAUUUACGUUCUGAGGGCUUCAGACAGAGCCCUCGUCAUGCCAGAAGAGCACGGGCUCGCAUAGAGGAAUCCCAGCCCAUAAAUGAAGUGCCUGAUAGUGAGCAAGACUCUUCCCUGAGGAAAAGAAAACUCAAGAAAAUUAGCAGAGUGCAACCAGACUUCUACCACUCAGUGCAAUCCACCUCUACAAAGAGGCCGAGCUCCGGGACCCCUUCCCAUCGCUGUUCCAUGUCUUCCUCUGCGGAUUUCUCUGAUGAAGACGAUUACAGUCAAAAAUCGGGAUCGGUGUCUCCAGCUCCCGGGGAUACAUUACCAUGGAAUCUGCCAAGACAUAGACGAAAAAUCCAGGGAGGGUCUGUGCUCGAUCCAGCCGAGAGAGCGGUGCUCCGGAUAGCUGAUGAGCGAGACAGAGUACAGAAGAAAACUUUCACAAAGUGGAUAAAUCAGCAUCUCAUGAAGGUGCGGAAACAUAUAAAUGACCUGUAUGAAGACUUGAGAGAUGGACACAAUCUGAUUUCUCUUUUAGAAGUGCUUUGUGGCGAGACACUGCCUCGAGAAAAAGGGAGGAUGCGGUUUCAUAGACUGCAGAAUGUACAGAUUGCACUUGACUAUUUGAAAAAGCGCCAGGUAAAACUGGUGAACAUUAGAAAUGAUGACAUAACAGAUGGCAACCCUAAGUUAACACUGGGGUUGAUAUGGACCAUAAUUUUGCACUUUCAGAUCUCUGACAUCCACGUUACAGGGGAGUCAGAAGACAUGUCUGCUAAAGAAAGGCUGCUGCUCUGGUCAGCACAAGCGACCGAGAAUUAUGUUGGCGUACGCUGUGACAACUUUACCACCUGCUGGCGAGAUGGGAGAUUAUUUAAUGCCAUCAUUCAUAAGUACAGGCCGGACCUGGUAGAUAUGAGCACUGUUGCUGUUCAAAGCAACCGAGAAAACUUAGAACAUGCUUUUGGCGUAGCUGAAAAACUUGGUGUUACAAGACUUCUGGAUCCAGAAGAUGUUGAUGUUUCUUCUCCUGAUGAAAAAUCUGUUAUUACUUAUGUUUCGUCACUCUAUGAUGUGUUUCCCAAAGUACCAGAAGAUGGAGAAGGCAUCAGUGUAAAUGAUGUUGAUGUUAAGUGGAUUGAAUAUCAGAAUAUGGUGAACUACCUCAUCCAAUGGAUUAGGCAUCAGGUGACAACCAUGUCAAACCGAACUUUCCCAAAUAACCCUGUUGAACUAAAGGCACUUUAUAAUCAGUAUCUACAGUUUAAAGAAACAGACAUCCCACCAAAGGAAGCAGAUAAAACAAAAAUAAAGCACAUGUAUAAGUUGCUGGAGCCUUGGAUAGAAUUUGGUCGCAUCAGACUUCCCCAGCGAUACCAUCCCAAUGAAGUGGAAAAAGAGUGGGGGAAACUAAUAAUCACUAUGCUAGAGAGAGAAAAGUCUUUACGGCCAGAAGUAGAAAGACUAGACAUGUUGCAGCAGAUCGCAAACAGAGUACAGCGUGACAGUCUGGCCUGUGAAGAUAAACUGAUACUGGCAAGGAACGCACUUCAGUCAGAUGCCAAGAGAUUAGAAUCCGGACUGCAGUUCCAAAAUGAACCUGAGAUUGCAGCGUACCUGCUGGAAUGUGAGAACCUUCUUCGGCAGCAGGUCAUUGAUGUCCAGGUGCUUCACAAUGAAAAGUACUACCAGGCCGAUCAGCUGGUGCAGAGGGUUGCAAAACUCCGUGAUGACCUUAUGGACCUGAGGAGUGAAUGCACUGCUUUGUACAGUAAGGGGCGCACUCUGACAUCAGAACAGACAAAGCUUAUGAUAUCAGGAAUCACCCAAAGCUUGAAUGCCGGAUACUCCCAGAACUUGAAUCCUAGUUUGAACGUCACUCUUUCCCAGGGGCUAACGCCUUCUUUAUCUCCUGCUCUCACCUCAGACCUAACAUCCAAUCUGACUCCAAGCCUAACACCAAGCUUAAUGCCAACAUUUCCAACUUCUCUUAAGCAAGGGCUAAUUCAGAAUUAUGGAACCGGAGUGGAAACAAAUGCUCUGCAAACACUGAAAUUCAUGCAGAUAAGGAAACCUCUAAUGAAAUCUGCAAUUAGUGGCCAAAAUCUGACAGAAGAAGAAGUCAACAUGAAGUUUGUGCAGGACCUUCUAACUUGGGUUGAAGAAAUGCAGACACAACUGGAUCGAGCUGAAUGGGGUUCAGACAUGCCAAGUGUGCAGAGCCAUUUAGACAACCACACAAACUUUCACAGAGCUAUCGAAGAGUUUGAAUCAAGCCUUAAGGAAGCCAAACUCAGUGAGCUGCAGAUGACACCUCCUCUUAAACUUGGCUACUCAGAAAAACUCAGCAAGCUGGAAAGUCAGUAUGCAAAACUUUUGAAUACAUCCAGGUAUCGUGAAAGGCAUCUUGAUAGUUUAUAUGCGUUUGUAUCGAGAGCCACACACGAGCUCAUCGGGCUGAAUGAGAAGGAGGAAGAAGAAGUAGCGUAUGACUGGAGUGACAGAAACUCGAGUAUCUCCAGAAAAAAAGAGUAUCACGCUGACUUGAUGCGAGAGCUUGACCAAAAAGAAGAAGUUAUUAAAUCUGUGCAAGAGACAGCCGACCAGCUGCUUACAGAAAAUCACCCUGCAAGGCUGACGAUAGAGGCAUACAGAGCUGCCAUGCAGACACAGUGGAGUUGGAUUUUGCAAUUGUGCAAUUGUGUGGAACAACACUUAAGAGAAAACCAGCUAUAUUUUGAGUUUUUCAAUGAUGCAAAAGAAGCCAUGGAUUACCUGAAAAAUUUGAAGGAAACUAUACAAAGAAAGUACACCUCUGACCGGUCAAGUAGCCUUCAUAAACUCGAAGAUCUGGUCCAAGAAUCUAUGGAAGAGAAAGAACAACUGUUACAGUAUAGGAGUGUAGUCGCAGGUCUUGUGGGAAGAGCAAAAUUGGUGGUUCAGCUAAAGCCACGGAAUCCAGAUAACCCAGUAAAGACCUCAAUUCCAAUCAAGGCCAUUUGUGAUUACAGGCAGAUUGAGAUAACCAUCUACAAAGAUGACGAAUGUGUUUUAGCGAACAACUCACACCGGGCUAAAUGGAAGGUUAUUAGUCCUACAGGAAAUGAGGCAAUGGUCCCUUCAGUCUGCUUUUCAGUCCCUCCACCCAACAAGGAAGCCAUUGACAAUGCAAGCAGGAUUGAACAGCUUUACCAAAAUGUUUUGGCACUCUGGCAUCAGUCACAUGUAAACAUGAAAAGCGUGGUGGCCUGGAACUAUCUCGUUAAUGAGCUUGAAGCAGUUCGUGAUGGUAAUGUGGCCUCGAUCAAGACAAUGUUGCCAGGCGAACAUCCUCAGGUGCUCAGCAAUUUGCAGGCCCGCUUUGAAGAGUUUCUGGAAGAGAGUCGUGAAUCACAGGUCUUCACUGUGGCAGACACAGCACAGCUUGAACGAGAGGUUCAGAACUGUAAACAGUAUUAUGAAGAGCUCCUGAAGUCUGCAGAAAGAGAGGAGCACGAAGAAUCUGUCUACAAUCUGUAUGUGUCUGAGAUUCGCAAUAUUCAUCUUCAUCUGGACAACUGUGAAGAACGACUCAUCCGGCAGAUACGCACACCUCUGGAGAGAGAUGAUCUGCAAGAAAGUGUGAUUCGGAUCUCAGAACAAGAGAAAUUAAAGAAAGAACUGGAAAGACUCCAAGAGGAUGUCGAAAAAGUAUCUGGAAAAUGUGAGAUUUUCUUCUCGCAGGCUGCUUCCUCCCCUUCUGUUCCCACUCUGCGUUCUGAGCUCAAUGCUGUCAUCCAGAAUAUGGAUCAAGUGUUCUCCAUGUCCUCAAUUUAUUUAGAAAAGCUGAAAGUUGUAUAUGUGGUUCUGAAGAACACCCAGGGAGCUGAGUCUCUUGUGAAACUGUAUGAAACCAAACUCUGCGAAGACGAUGCAGUGACAGCUGAUCCAAAAGACAUCGAUAACCUGAUACUUACACUGAAGCAAUGGCGCUCAGAGGUUGAUGAAAAACGAGAUGUUUUCCAUGCUUUAGAAGAUGAACUACAGAAGGCUAAAGCUAUUAGUGAUCAGAUGCUGAAAGCACACAAAGAACGUGAUCUGGACCUUGACUGGCACAAAGAAAAAGUUGAUCAACUGGUUGAAAGGUGGCAAAAUGUACACUGCCAGAUUGAAAGCAGGCUUCGUGACCUCGACAGCAUAGGUGAAUCCUUAAAACAUUACCAGGACACUUAUCAUUCACUGGAUCAGUGGGUUCAAGAUGUGGAAAACAUGCAACACAAACUUCAGGAAAGGCAGCUCGACGACAGCAAAUCUCUAGCUGAUCAGCUUAACAAGCAGAAGAUGCUCGUUUCUGAGAUCGAGAUGAAGCAGAACAAGAUUGAUGAGUGCCAGCGAUACUCUGAACAGUAUUCUUCAUCAUUGAAGGACUAUGAACUUCAAGUGAUGACAUAUCGAGCCAUGGUUGACUCCCAGCAGAAAUCUCCAGUAAAACGGCGUAGAAUGCAAAGCUCUGCUGACACCAUCAUGCAAGAGUUCAUGGAUCUCCGUACCCGGUACACAGCCUUAGUGACCCUUAUGACUCAGUAUGUAAAAUUUGCUAGCGAUGCUUUAAAGAGAACAGAACAGGAAGAGAAAACCUUGGAAGAGGAAAAGAAAGAAACAGCAGAAAAAACUAGCGAGCUGUUGAAAUGGGUAUCAACCAUCAAAGUGCCUGUUAAGGAAAAAAGUGAUGAACAAAAGGGGGAUAAAAGGACAGAAGGUGCCGGCUCUUCAGCGAGUCUGCAGCUGUCCAGUGAGGAAAUAUCAGCUAAGAAGGAACAGAUAUCCGAAGCUGUGCAAGCUCUGCAGAUCUUGUUGGCUAAGCAUGGUGACAAAAUGACAGAAGAAGACCGACAAGAAAUUGAAAGACAAAUAAAAUCUCUCCAUGAAGCAUAUGAUGAUCUGUCUCAACAGAAACUUCAUGCAGAACAAACAGAGAGUCUCCCCAGUAAACAGGAUAAAAUUGUUGCAGGUGUAAUUGACAAGGAUUCUGGAACCACAUUUUCAGUUUUCGAGGCAAUGCAGAAAGGCAUUAUUGAUUAUGAUACAGGAAUUGCUCUUCUUGAAGCUCAGGUAAUUACAGGUGGACUUACUUCACCAGGCACAGAGAAGCGUUAUACCUUAGAAGAAGCUAAACUGAUCAGCUUGAUUGAUGAACAGAUUGCCGGUGAUUUAGAAGACGUGAGCAGUAUCAGUACUCUCGUAUCAGAUUCUGAGUCUACAUUUCUGUCAGUUAUAACAGCAUACAAAGAAGGCACUAUAUCUGAAAAACUUGCUGUUAAGGUGAUUGAAGUGCUUCUGGCAAGUGGUGGCUUAGCUGUACCUGUUACAGGUGAAAAAGUAACUCUGGGAGAAGCCUUUGAGCAAUCAUUGAUUCCUUCUUCAUUAUUCUUUCACCUCAUUGGAAGGAAGAAAAUAUGCAAAGAACUGAUUGAUCCAAUCACAGCUGAAAAGGUUUCUUUGUUGGAGAUUAUGCAUAAAAGCAUCAUGAAUAAAGGAAAUGGGAUGUGGCUUCUUCCUGUAAGGCAAUGCAAACAGGGAAGAAUAAUCCUAGAGUCAGGAAAAGAGAUUGGGGUUAUAAGAGCAGCUCGUGAAGGUCUCAUAGAUCGUGAGACAAUGUUUAGGCUGCUUGGUUCGCAGAUGAUGUCUGGAGGCAUUAUUGAUCCAAAUACAAAACAAAGAUUGACCAUUGAAGAUGCAGUGGAGCUGGGAGUCAUUGAUGAAUGUACAGCCUGUUCCUUUCUUUGUCACCAGAUUCAGACUGGUGGAAUUAUCAGUCCAUCUGAUGGAAAACGACUCACCGUAGAUGAAGCAGUGCAGUGCAAUUUGAUAUCAUCAAGAAGUGCCCUUUUAAUUUUGGAAGCUCAGAGAGGUUUUGUAGGACUCAUCUGGCCUCAGUCUGGUGAGAUAUUUCCAAUAUCUACUUCAUUGCAACAAGGAAUGAUAUCUAAUGAACUUGCUCACAAAAUACUUAGUGAUAGACAGAAAAUAGCUGCAAUUUAUGUUCCUGAGACAGCUGAACUUUUUGAUGUUGACACAGCAGCACAUCUAGGAAUAAUAGACCACACUUCUGCAGAUGUCUUGAGAAAUACAGUCAUACCUGAUGCAAUGCCUAACAUGGAAGAUUUGGAAUCAUCAUAUAAAAACAUUACCAAAUGGAUAGCAUCAUUUGAGCUCCAGCCAAGUACAGUGCAAGGAAACAAGCAUGACCAGCCAAUGGGUGAAGUGGAACAACUACCUAAUCAUACUGUUCUACAAACGCAACAACUCUUCAUGUCUUAUCUCAUGAUAAAUAGUUACAUUGAUGCAGGCACAGGAGAAAGGCUUCUUCUGUAUGAUGGUGACUUAGAUGAAGCAGUCAGUAUGCUUCUGGAAGCAGAUGAAGAAGAAAGUAUCCUAGAGACAGAAUUUAAGCAAGGUGAUACUGACCAAUCUGAAAAUAUAGUAGCGACUGUUAGCUUACGUGGUGAAACUGAAACUUGCCACUCAAAUUUGAAAGAAACUAGUGUUUUAGAAUUUCAAGAUGGAAGUGUUUGCUUAAUGGAGAAAGACAGUUUCUCAAGUGUGCAGUCAGCUGAGUUACUAAAUGCUGUAUCAAAUGCAAGUAACAUUAUAUGUUUUGAAAAAACCAAUAAGGAGCCCAAAUCUUGCUUAACUGACCAUAGUGAAGACAGCAGUUUGCCCAACCCAGACUCUUCUAUACCAUUCUCAGCUGAUGAAAUACACUUUGAUAAAGAUGAAAUGGCAGUAGAUGAAGUGUUUCUGGAUCAGAGUUGUAAUUCUGGUAGCGCUUCUUCUGACACUUUAUUUUAUCUACCAAGUAACACUUAUUCCUCAGCAACUCAAACUGCAUCUGAUAAUAAAGCCUUGGGAUAUGAAAAUGUGCCUCAUAAAGAAAUGUCAACAGAUAAUGUAACAGAAGAAGAAAGACUGAAAAUAUAUCUUAGCAGUCAGCAAACAGAGGCUGUGGAAAACUUUGAACUUGAUAGUGCUGAAAAUAAAAUGGGAAGACGUGAAAGUUUAAAUAGCUGCAGUGAUAAUUUUAUUAUUGAAAAAGUAUUCACAGUGGUAUCUUCUGACACAUUAAAACCAGGCGAGAAAGGUGAAUAUUUAUAUGAAAAGCAAAAUGAACUAAGUUCUGAAGAAACUGCUAGUAUGUUGGACAUAGCCUGCCUUAAAACAGAAAAUGCCAGAAGAGUAAAUGAUCUUAGAGCUGGAGAAGAAAUUGCAAUCAUUGACAUCAUAGAUAGUCAUAUCCAUGGUGAUGCUAUCAGGUCAGAAAGUUCAGGUUCAAUGUAUGACAAAACCAGUAAUGAGCAGAAAUGUGAAACAUCAGAGAUGGAACAACUUGCAUUCGUUGUUUCUGCAGAAAGAGAAGUCCAGACAGAUGAAACCAUGACAAAAAGCUCACUUUUUAGGAAGGAAGGUGUUGAUAAGCAGACCCAGGUAAUGGCAUGUGGUGAAAAACAUCUGUUUGUUACAUUUUUAGACAAACAAAUCCAAAGUGAUGAAAUCAUAUCAGAAAGUGCACAUUUAAUGAAAGAGGAAAACACUGAUAAACUAGCUCACAAAAAGGAAGAUGUGGAAGAACAUGCAUUUAUUACAUUUAAUGAUAGUAAUAUCCAGAGUGAUGACAUUUCUCAUUUAAGAACAAAUAACAACUAUGAUGGACAGACAUUACACAUACCUGAUGGGACAGGAAAUAAAUUCACUGUUAUCGACAAACAAACCCAGAGUGAUGCAACAGUGCCAGAAAAUUAUAUUUUAACAACUAAUGCCGUCAUUGAUGAGCAAACAUAUGAAUAUUCAGAAAGGGAAGAAAAUGUAUCCACUACUGUUAUAAACAGACAUAUUAAGAGUGAUGAAAUCAUGCCAGAAAAUUCGCUGUUAAAGUAUGACAAAUUCAGUGAAAAGACAUAUGAAAUACCCACUGGGGAUCAGUGUACAUUUUCUUCUACAAUGGACACGCAAAUCCAUAGUAAUGAAUACACAUCAGAAGAUUCCUUCUCAACAAGUAAUACUAUCCAUGAUGAACAGAUAUAUGAAUAUUCAGAUGAAAAGGAAUGUGUACCCAGUGGCUUUAUAGACAUGCAAAUCCAGACUAAUGAAAUUACAUCAGAAAACUCAUCUUUAAAUGUUGACAGAACCGCUGACAAGCACAUCCUUUUAACAUCAGAUAGUAAGGAGACUGCAUUCAGUCCUGUUAUGGAUAGAUAUAUUCACAGUGAUGACACUGCAUCAGAAAGUUCACUUUUAAAGUAUGACACAGCAAUGCAGGAGCAGAUACAUGAAAUAUCUGAAGGAGAAAAACCUGAAUUCCCUGCUACUAUGGACAGGGAUGUCCAUAGCAAUGGCUUUAUGUCAGAAAGUUCACAUUUAAAUUACAGCAAGGGCACUAAUCAGCUGACAUGUGAAACAUCUGAGGGAGAAAAACCUGCUUCCUUCACUGCUACAGAGAGCAAAUUCCAGAUUGAUGACAUCAUGUCAAAACGAUCACAUUUAAAGUAUGACACAACCACUGAGAAGCAAACACGUGAAUCAUCUGAGGGAGGAAAAUCUGAAUAUAUUGCUGCAACAGAUAGAGAAAUUCUUACUGGAGAAAGAUUAUUUUUAAGCAAUGACACACCUGCUGAUGACCACACAUAUGGCUCAUCUAGAGAGGACAUACUUUUAAAUGACACAAUAUCAUCCAGGCAAACAGAGCUGCAAACAGCAAAACAAAUAUGCUCCUUGAGUGAUGCAGGCAACACAGAAUUUAACCAGCCAGGAGCUGCUGCACAUUCAGAAGUUAAGCUGCUGAGUGCAAGCAGCACAGAUGACAAUAUUUUAGUUAGCAAUCACAGAGAGGCUUUGCAAAACAAGUCUUAUGAAGAUAACAUUUGCAAUGGCGUCGAUGAAGACAGCCUUGGAGGAUUUGCAGAUACUUACUCCAGUCAACAGCGACUUAUUCAUGGUUUGCCUUUGGUGACCACAAUUAGUACUAAUCAGUCAUCAACGCAUGCUGAAGGGGAUAAAUCACUGGAUGACAGCGUGGUUACUACAGCAAGUGAUACUAUUAAUCAUCUGCAGGAGUCAAUGAUAUCAACAACCAAAUCUGAAAUUUGUAAUGAUCAUGAGGAUAUUUUUGUUACUGAUUUUGGACUGAAAGCACACAAACUGGUGGAAGAAAAGGCAAAGGCUGUAGAAGAAGGGAUUAAGCAAAUGGCUACUGCUCUGAAACUUGACACAGAGAUAAGUCCUUUGGAAGAAAAGAUACUUGAGGAAAAUCAGAUGCAAGAAAGUCCUGUAGAUAUUGUCAGCACUGAUGUCAUAAUCUAUGAAAAGGACUCAUCUGAGAAUUCCAAAGAAAAUGCUGUUUUAACGGGCACAUUCAGACUGGGUGAUACUGAUAGUAAUAUUUGUGCUUCUCUGUUAAAGGAAGAAGUGAUUAAAAGCAGUGACAUAUACAAAGAGACUUGUGUUAUUACUGGGGAUCAUGAUGGCCCAUAUACACCUGAGAUCAUGAAAGAACUUAGCAAUGAUAGUUAUGAUGCCAUUAAAGUACUUAAUACUGUUAGCGCUAUCAGUUGUGUGCAAACGCCUGAAGUUGUUGAUGAACCUGUUGAGGUUAAUACAAAGGCUGUUGCUGGAGCUGUCAGUAAUGGUGAUGAAUUAGUGAAGACAUCCAACAGAGAAGUAGAGUUUACAGAUGUCCUAGAUACAGUAGAGACCUUUCCUCAUGCACAGUUAUGUAAAGAAAUACAGCAACAGUCUGAAGAUGAUUUGGUACCUCAGUCCAGUGUAGGUACUACAGAUACCAAUGCUGAUGUGUAUGGAUUAACAACAGAUGUUGUCAUGGAGACAGUAUCCAAAGAUGCUCAGUACAUGGAUGACAUAUCUAAAAGUGAAAUGUUUGAGCCCAUUGUGUAUAGUGCAGAAGAUGAUGUAAAUUAUACAUUAGAAGGAAGGGUUACAACAGAUGAAAUAGCUAAAUACCUAGCAGCUACUGAAGUUGUUCUUGCUGACAGUAGUAUGCAAAAACUCGAAAAACGACCUGAUGAGAAUAACUUAAUACAUAUAAUCUCUGCUAAUUCUGAAACCAUUCAUAUGUUAGCAGGCAAUUUCAACAAAGGUGAAGUAUCUAAAGAUGUUGAAAUAGUCAUGAGUGCUAAUAGUACACAAGUGCAAAAACAUCCAGAGGAACCAGAUGAAGUAGGAAUAUCACACAAUGUUGUGCCAUUGUCAUUUAAUGCAAAUGCAGAUGAGCCCAUGCACUGGCACAGCAAAGAACAUGAUCAAAGGUGCUUGUCUCAGGAUAGUACAGAUGCUACUACUGAUGGCGAUAUGCAGACAUAUACCUAUGGGAAGGAAUCACUAAAUGAGAACAGACAAGCUACCAUCAAUGCAGUGAUUUGUCAGGUAGAUGAAGGCUUUUCUAAAAAGGAAGCAGCUGAAAAGAUGGUUGACACAUCUGUUCCUUAUCAGGAGAGUAAUACAGGGACUAAACAGAAGGAGAGCUCUAAUACUGAGCUACAUCAGGAGAGUAAUAAAAGGGCUAAACAAGAGGAUAGCACUGAUACUGAGCCACAUAAGGAAAGUAAUAAAGAGACUAAACAGGCAGAUGGCACAGAUACUGAGUCACAUCAAAAGAUUAAUAAAGGGGCUAAACAGGAGGACAGCACUGAUACUGAGCCACAUCAGGAAAGUAAUAAAGUAGUUAAAGAGGAAGGUAACACUGAUACUGAGCCACAUCAGGAAAGUAAUAAAGUGGUUAAAGAGGAAGAUAACACUGAUGCUGAGCCACAUCAGGAAAGUAAUAAAGUGGUUAAAGAGGAAGGUAACACUGAUACUGAGCCACAUCAGGAAAGUAAUAAAGUGGUUAAAGAGGAGGAUAACACUGAUACUGAGCCACUUCAGGAAAGUAAUAAAGUGGUUAAAGAGGAAGAUAGCACUGAUACUGAGCCACAUCAGGAAAGUAAUAAAGUGGAUAAAGAGGAAGGUAACACUGAUACUGAGCCACAUCAGGAAAGUAAUAAAGUGGUUAAAGAGGAAGAUAACACUGAUACUGAGCUAUAUCAGGAAAGUAAUAAGGUGGCAAAACAGGAGGAUAGCACUGAUAGUGAGCCACAUCAGAAAAGUAAUAAAGAGACUAAACAGGCAGAUGGCACAGAUACUGAGCCACAUCAAGAGAUUAAUAAAGGGGCUAAACAGGAGGACAGCACUGAUACUGAGCCAGAUCAGGAAAGUAAUAAAGUAGUUAAAGAGGAAGGUAACACUGAUACUGAGCCACAUCGGGAAAGCAAUAAAGUGGUGAAAGAGGAAUAUAACACUGAUACUGAGCCACAUCAGGAAAGUAAUAAAGUGGUUAAAGAGGAAGAUAACACAGAUACUGAGCUACAUCAGGAAAGUAAUAAAGGGGUUAAACAGGUAGAUAGCACUGAUACUGAGCCACAUCAGGAAAGUAAUAAGGUAGUUAAAUUGGAGGACAGCACUGAUACUGAGUUACAUCAGGAAAGUAAUAAAGGGGUUACAUUGGAGGAUAGCACUGAUACUGAGCUACAUCAGGAAAGUAAUAAAUGGGUUAAACAGGUUGAUAGCACUGAUACUGAGCCAUAUCAGGAAAGCAAUAAAGGGGUUAAAUUGGAGGAUAUCACUGAUACUGAGUUACAUCAGGAAAGUAAUAAAGUGGUUACAUUGGAGUAUAGCACGGAUACUGAAUUACAUCAGGAAAGUAAUAAAGUGGUUAAAUCAGAGGAUAGCACUGAUACUGAGUUACAUCAGGAAAGUAUUAAAGGAGUUAACCAGUUAAAUAAUAAAGAGGCAAACCAGAAGGAUAGCGCUGAUACUGAACAAUGUCAGGAAAGUAAUAAAGGGGUUAACCAGUUAAGUAGUAAUGGGGCUAACCAGGAGGAUAGCACCGAUACUGAUGUAGAAGUGUACUUAUCAGCAGAAGAAUUCAUCGAAGAUGAAGAGCUGAAUGUAGACGUGGACAACAACUAUGCUUGUACACUUCAGCAAGGUCCUACUGAAGCUGAAGAAUGGGCUAAUCGUACUGCAGAGAGCACACAUGACGAUGCUUCCAAACAUUCUUAUACUGCAGAGAGCACACCUGUUGAUGCUUCCAAACAUUCUUAUACUGCAGAGAGCACACCUGAUGAUGCCUCCAAACAUUCUUAUACUGCAGAGAGCACACCUGAUGAUGCUUCCAAACAUUCUUAUACUGUGGAGAGCACACCUGACGAUGCUUCCAAACAUUCUUAUACUGCAGUGAUCACACCUGACGAUGCUUCCAAACAUUCUUAUACUACAGAGAGCACACCUGACGAUGCUUCCAAACAUUCUUAUACUGCAGAGAGCACACCUGACGAUGCUUCCAAACAUUUUUAUACUGCAGAGAGCACACCUGACGAUGCUUCCAAACAUUUUUAUACUGCAGAGAGCACACCCGACGAUGCUUCCAAACAUUCUUAUACUGCAGAGAGCACACCUGACGAUGCUUCCAAACAUUCUUAUACUGCAGAGAGCACACCUGACGAUGCUUCCAAACAUUCUUAUAGAGCACCAGAGAACUCAGUGGUAUGUGAGUCAAGACAUUUCAUAGCUGAUGACGUCUGCACAGGUAGUAAUAGUAUCGUAUAUGUCGAAAAUAAAGAGCCUCUGCACAAUACUGCCGAAGUAUCCACCAUGGAUGCCUCACCGGCAAGUAAAGAUGCUGCUUUUGUUUACUUUGAUGGAUGUAAAUGUGAGCCAAUGGAUGGUGAGCAGAAUGAUUCUGAUGUUAUGACUGAACAAAGUGCAGUUUCUAGAGUUACUAAGAAUGAAACUUACAUUUCUGAUUUAUUAAAUGAAAAUGAAGAGGAAAGCAAAGUAAUUACGAAUGAAACCAGUUUCAAUCAAAGUGAUGGAUUUGGACAUACAGAUGGAUUCAUGUCUAGCACUACAACAUUUGCUGAAGUGGCAAAAGACAUUGCAUCUACUGUAGGGAAUGUGUGUAGCCAGUAUGAGCAUGAAUUACUACCAAAACCUGUCGAACACCAUAAAGUACCUGGAAACAAUGAAGAAUUUUCUGAUGUUCGUAGCAAGAGAAAUGAUCUCACAGAGGUUGCUGAUUUGUUUGAAUCUGCUGACAUGGCUACAAAAUGUGAAGAACGUAUGCAAGGAUAUGGGCCAGAAAUGGAACCUUUUGAAGAUAGUAACUCAACUUCAAUCAGCAAGGACACCGUGCAGAUUCAAGUCUCUUCUGCAUAUGAUGCAGCAGGGGUGACUGAACAAUGUCAUAACAUAUCCAAAGACAUUUCAGUCAUUGAUGGAAGCAUAACAGAUGAGCACACUGAAAGUGACCAAGUAUCAAGUAAUGAUAAUUGCAGUUUUGAUGUUGGUGAUGGUGUGCUUAAGCCUGGUUUUGCAGAAUGCCAUAAAAAUGGUGAUGUGUCAUAUGAUCCAGAAUGUGUUACCAGAAUUGUGUCUGAGAAACAGAUAUGUGAAGUUUUAGAUCGUACGUUUACUGGAAUCACUGAUUUAGAGGACCAAAGAGCAACAGAAACGAUGCCUACUGUUACAGGAAAAGUGUCAGAAAAAGAACCUUUCUUUGCACAUGCAUGUUCCACAGCUACAACAGAUGUGCCAGGGGAUGAACUUUUGUCAACAGAUGUUCAUUACAAGCAUGAAAAGGAUGCUAAAACUAUAUGUCAUGAGUUAGAUUAUUCUUCCGACAAGCAUGAUCCUAGCUGUGACUCAUUUCAAAAUGGUUACCCUGAAAGAGAGUCUGAUAUAGGAAAAACGUAUCAUGCAGCUGCUAAUUCUGAAGCACUGGAUGUUAGCUAUCUAUCAGAAACAGUGGUAAGUGAACAAGAAGAGAGUACUGGAGAGUUAUCAGAACCUUGGGAACAAAUGAAUGCUGCAUUUGAGAGAAACUUGGAUAGCAAAAUAGAAGCAUGUCAAACAGACCAAAAUAAAAAUGGCUUUAGUCAAAGCAAGGGUGGAGCUACAUUAUCUGCCAUGCCUAUCAAGGAUGCUGAACCAGAGCAGAGAUACUCAGGUGAAAAUGGUAAAGGCUUCAUUUCAGAAAAUGCUGAGAAAGAUCAGCAUCACCAGACCAGCUUAAAUCAGAAUCCUGUUCCAAUUCAGCAUCUUGGAGAAGUUUUUGAUGCAUUGAGUGACACAAAACAUACUGAAAUAGCAUCAUUAUUCACUUCUCACAGUAAAAAUGUAUGUGAGCACUCCUACAAUUCAGAUCCUUCUACUGGCUACAUCAGUACUGGAACUAAAGACUCAUUUCAGUGUCCAGUGCUCCAACCUCCACCUGAUUUUGCCGACUCCAUCACUGAUGUAACUAAAGACUCAUUUCAGUAUCAAGUCAAUCCAAGUAAAGAUUUAGCUGAUAUAUUUGCAACUGAAACACUGCUACUGCCUCCAUGUGCAUCUUUUUCUAACACACUAGCUUUGGAGAAUGGCAUGCCAUCUGGUGAACAAUCAAAUGCUAAACUAGAACAUUCUACAGAUGUUACAGAUGGUCGAGGAAUAGAAAUGAGCAAGUCUAUUGCACAUAGUAACAUUAAGUCUGAAGGUGGUCAGGUUUUUGAAUUCAAAGAAGGCCCAGUAAUUUCCACUGGUGAACUAGUAAUCAGAAAAAUGCAUUCCAAAGUACAAAGGAAAGAAACUGAUAAAGAAGAAGAAGAAACAGCUUUGCAAGCUAAGAAUGGAGAUUUUUCUAUGAGUGAACAGAAAGUGCAUACAGAUUUUAGUGCUGGACGUGUAAAAGAAAAGUGCUAUCAAGCUAAUUAUCUAUCAGGUACUGAAGUACAUUCAUCAGUAGAUAGCUGCAAUGAUUUCUCUACUCCACUGCAAGCUGAAGGAAGAACAAAUGUUGAUCAAAAGGAUGCUGGCAGUGCUGAUUCUGGUACAAAAGAUCUGCAGUAUUCCCCCGACCUACAUGAAACAUUAAAGUCAACAGUAGAAAAUUUAUUAAAAAUUCAGUUAAAAGGAGGUCUAGAAUAUGCUGCAAAAGAAGAUGAUACUCAAAAACAUUUUGAAAAUAGUAAUUUAAUUCAGCAUAUAUUACAAUUAGUUAGUUGUGUACAUACAACUGGUGCCACAGAAGACACACGUACAACAAAAGGAGAUCACGGGACAGGUGAUGCUAAUGAAUCAACAGCUGACUCCGAUAGGAAGAAACCAUCAAGUGUUCCAUUUUCCUGGGCUGAUGAUAAAAUUUCAGAAUCUUUUGGUGAUAUGGCUAAACACGAAUGGUACAAGCAAAAUACAGAUAAGGACAGUAAAGAAGGGGAUGAGUCUGUAGAAAAUGAAACAAAAGACUGGAAAGUAACCAGUGCUCCUGCUCUGAUACAAUCCCAGUUAGAGCAGAUCUUCCAUGAUCCAUCUGUUAGUAAAAGUCCUUAUGAAUUAAAAGAACCAGUUCAAGGACUGCAUAGUGAUGAUUUCAGCUUAACACAGUUAUCAGGCAAAAAUAUUACUGAACCCAAAGGUGAUCAGAAUCAUACAUUGUCUGAAAUCAGGAAUAAUAUGUUGAGUGUUUCUGACAAUUUAGCAGCAGAUUCAGAAUCCAUCCUUCUCAAUGUUAUAGACAGCACAGCCACAUUGCAGGCCCCUCCACUGACAUCUACAGAAAAUGAGUACCAUCAAAGAAAAGAAGAUACUGUUUCAACUAGCACUGGUGGAGAUUUCUGGCAAAGUACUAAUUCUCAAGAUGAUUCAGAAGGACACAGAUGUUCUGGUUCAGUACAGCAGUGUUCUGAAUAUAUGAGAAAGCUACAGGAACAUUUUGCUGUAAUCCAGGACAUGAAAUACCAGCUGAAUGGACUACAGCCUAUUAGUAACAACCUGGAAAUACUAAAAAAGCAGCUUGAGGAGUUAGAGUCAUUUGAUGCAGGGCUGUCUAAGUUUGCCAAUAUUUUGGCAAAAGAUCUGAAGGAUUCUGAUGAUUUUUUAAAGACACAAAGGAAAGACAUUCCUGAAUCCUUGUCCGCUGAACUGGAAAUGAGCUGCGGGCACCUACAGAAGUCCUUAUCUAUGGUUAAUGAUAUAUCAACAAGAAGAGCAAAAGACAUAGUUUGUGCUGUGGAUGCAGAAAUGUCUAAACUUGCUACGACUCAUCAUGACCUUCUGAGUAAACUGCAGGAACUCUCUGACUGGGUCACCACACAUAAUGAAAUGGCAACAAAUCUCAUGGACAGCUGCAGCAGUGACACAGGAGAUAUAACAUACAACAUUCAGCAGCUUGAGACUCUAGAAAAGGAAUUCAGCAAUAAAAAAAUGCAACUGGACACCACAGCAUUUGACAUUCAGUUCUUCAUUUCUGAAUAUGCCCAGGAUCUGUCACCAAACCAAAGCAAGCAGUUGCUCCGACUUCUGACAUCCACCCAGAAAUCUUUUCAGCAACUGGUAGGCAAAAUUGCAACUCAGAUGGAGGUCCUUCAGUCUCAGCUACUGGCAUCGCUGGACCUGGAUGAUGAGCAGGAUAUUGAGGAAAAACAUGUGGAAUAUACAGAAAAGCUUCAAGAAGUUUGUGACCUGCUUGUACAGACAGAAAAUCGACUCAUUGGGCAUCAGCAAGUUGCCCUGAAAGAAGACAGCCUAAUUGACUUGCAGCAGUAUCAAACUGAGCAACAAGCACUGCAACAAGACAUCCAGGCAAGCAAACAUGCCUUGGCUGAAGCAGUCAAAGAUAUUGAGGCAUUCCUGAAGGAGAACGGUGAGAAACUGUCACCUGAACAAAGAGCUGUGCUUGACAAAAUGCUGAAUGAAGCAAAGGAGAAGUUUGAAGCCCUGCAGCAACAAGCUGAACAUUCAAAGAAAGAGCUGGAUAAGGCUGUAGCCACUGCAAUCAAACAAAAAUCUGAGAAGGUUGCUGCAGUGGAACAGUUUCAGGAAAACAAAGAGAAAAUUACCUGUCUCUUGGACUGGCUGUCAACUGUUGACAAGGCAAAAGAGAGUGAAGGGAGGCUAAAAGUACCCAUCAUUGAGCAGAACGGAACUUGUAUUCCAGGCCAUGAGAAGACCCAGACUGAAACGGAAGUAGAUGACGUGAACGGUAAUCUGAUGCCACCAGAGCAGCUUUCUGAGACCACCAUGGAUGGACUUGUAACACCAGUUGAAGAAGACAAGUUGCAAAAGCAAUAUGAGAUGCUCAAAGGGCAACAUCAGGAGAUCUUGUCAAAACACCAGGAUUUUAUAAUAGCCACACAGUCUGCACAGGCAUUGCUAGAUAAGCAAGGGAGCAACCUUUCACCUGAAGAGAGGGAGAAACUACAGAACGACCUGAAAAAGCUGAAAGAGCAGUAUGACGGAACGUUGACCGAAUCAGAACAGAAAAUGAAACUGAUACAGGCUGUGCAGGAGGAGCUGCACAAAUUUGUAGCAGACUACCGUGAGUUUGAAGUCUGGCUGCAGCAGUCCGAGCAAGACCUCGAGACCCAAAAAACUGGUGCUACUGAUCUGAAUGGUCUAAGGGCAAAACUGCAGAGGCAGAAAAGUUUCUCUGAAGAUGUCAUUUCUCACAAAGGAGAUUUGCGAUACAUCACUAUUUCAGGACAAAGAGUGCUGGAAACUGCUAGGUCCUGCAGUAAAGCUGAGAGCAGUAAAGACCCACAGCACCGCCUGGACACGUCUGCAGCCUGCUCAUUAGUGGAAGGUAAACUGGAUGCCGCCACAGAUCGUUACAAAACUCUUUAUUCAAAGUGCAAUGAAUUUGGAAAUCACUUGAAGGACGUGGUUGAUAAAUACCAGUCAUAUCAUGAAAUGUCAUCUGGACUUCAGUCAUGGCUUCAAACAUCAGAAGAGGCAGUAAAUAGUCAUAUGGCAGAACCAAUCGCUGCUGAUCCAAAGAACCUUCAGAAGCAGCUAGAAGAAGCCAAGGGUCUUCAAGGACAAAUUUCCAGUCAACAGGUAACUGUAGAGAAAGUUAGAAAAGCAGCUGAGACCCUAAUGGCUACGGAAGGAGAUUUGCUUCUGAACAAGAAUAAAAUUCGAAAAGCUCUCGACAAUAUUGUAGACCAAUACGAAAGCUUAUCCAAGUCAGUUAACAACAGAAAUGAGAAGCUUCAGAUAACAUUGACUCGUUCUUUGAGUGUUCAGGAUGGGCUGGAUGAAAUGCUUGACUGGCUUGGAGAUGUUGAAAAGAAGGUAGAAGAACAAGGGUUGGUGCCAUUGAACUCUUCUGCCAUUCAGGAUGUUAUUAGUGCUAAUGCUAUAUUGGAGCAAGACAUUGCAAAUCGACAGGGAAGUAUCAGUGCUAUGAAAGAAAAAGUCAUUAAGUUUAUUGAAACAGCAGACCCAUCUGAUGCAUCAUCACUGCAAGCAAAAAUGGAUGUUCUUUCCUCUCGCUUCUCUGAUGCAUGUAACAAACACAAAGAAAACCUUGGAAAGUUGCAAGAUCUGAAGAGUAAAGUGGAGCUGUUUGAGAAUGUAUCUGAGAAAGUUCAACAGUAUGUAAUAAAAAAAUCUCAGUCACUUUCUGAAACAGAUGGCCCCGGGAAAGACGUGACUGAAACGUCUCAGUCUGUGCAGGAAACAAAAGCUGAGAUGAUAAGUCACCAUAAGGAUCUAGAGUUGUUGCAGAAACUUGCUGGGGAGUUUGCUUCCUGUGGCUUUGCAGGCGACACUGCUGUGAUUUUGGACAAAGUUAAUGCAUUAGCCAACAGCUAUAAGGAAUUAGAAGAGACUGUCAAGGAAAAAGAAAAGGAGGUAUCAACUUGUCAGAAUCAGAUGCAGGAGUUCCAAGCCCUCGUGCAACAUUUAACUAAGUGGUUAACUACAACUGAAGGAAAUAUUCCAGAAGUGUGUUCGAGCUCUUCUGCAGAUGAGCUUCAGAAGGAUCUGCAGAAAGUGCAGACCUUAAAAGAUGAAUGGUCACUGAAAACUUCUGAAGUUCAAGCACUGAAUACCAAGGGAGCAGUUUUGUGUGAUUUAAUAACCGCUGUGACAACCUCUACAAAAUCAAAGUCAGCAGGGAAACCAGGCACAGCUAUAAUGAAUGGAAAUGAAGCAACUACUACUGUCUCAGAUGCUUUCUUGACUAACAAAGAGCUAUCAGCCGUUCAGCAGGAUAUAUCAAACAUAAACCAAGGUUAUGAUGAUUUAGGAAGUCGGUUGAAGGAAUGUGUAUGUGAGUUAGAAGAUAUACUUAUGAAGAGAAACCAGAUCCAGAAGGAAGCACACUCAGUUAAGGAGUGGUUGAAAGACAUGGUUAAGGUUACUGGAUCUUGGGGCAAGUCGGUCUCAACUGAUGCUGAUGCUGUGAAGAAUGAAGUGGAGCAACACAAGGUCUUUGAAGCUGAGCUGAUGAAGAAUGCCAGCAAGCUGCAGCAGCUAAGAGAGAAUCUAAUGGAAUUGCUGGAAAGGAAUCCUGACUCCCCCGAAGCUGCAACAUGGAAACAGAUGUUGGAUGAGAUAGACAUCAAGUGGCAGGAGCUCAACCAGUUAACUAAAGACCGGCAGCAGCAGCUUGAGGAGUCGUCUAACUACCUGAUGCAGUUUCAGAAUGCUGAGGGGCAGUUAAAGCAGUGGCUGGCAGAAAAGGAGCUGAUGAUGAGUGUGCUUGGUCCUCUGUCCAUUGACCCAAAUAUGCUAAAGGCUCAAAAACAACAGGUUCAGAUCUUGCUUAAGGAGUUUGAGACACGAACCCCACAGUAUGAACAGAUGAAUGACUCUGCACAAGGUAUACUGACCAGGCCAGGUGAACUUCCUCCAUCUUGCGAAGUCGUUAAAGAGCAAUUAGCAGCUGUUGUACAGAAAUGGGAUGACUUAACUGGUCAGCUCAGCAGCAGGUGUGACCGUAUCGAUCAAGCUAUUGUCAAAAGUAGCCAGUACCAAAACCUUUUAAAGAAUGUUACAGAAUCACUACAUGGCUUAUGUGAAAGACUGAAAGGCAGCUCUUCUGUGAGCACAGAUCCUGAUGCCAUGAAGCAGCAGCUGGAAGCUGCAGAUAAAAUCAACUCUGAGCUGCAGCAGGAGCUGAAGAAUAUAGAUGAGGCGCGUGCGUUGUGCAAUGAGCUGUCAUCGCUGGUUGGAGAGGAGUACCUAAAAGCUGAACUUACUAAACAGCUGGAAAAUAUCGUGACGCUAUAUGAAGGCCUUGAGCACAAAACAGAAAGUCAUACACAGCAGCUUCAGUCGACCUUUGUCAGCUCCCAACAAUUUCAGCAGAUGUCCAAAGACUUCCAGACAUGGCUAGAACAAAGGAAACAAGAGCUGCAUGACAGUCCCCCAAUAUCUGCUCACCUGGAGACUUUGCAGUCCAUGAUCAGUGAUCAUAAGACGUUCUAUCAGUCCAUGGUGGAGAAGACCGAUGCCUACAACAAGAUUGUAGCGGAAGGAGAAGUGCUGCUACAGAGCACACAGGCCAGCGAAAAAGCAAAUUUGCAGCGUCAGCUGGGUAUGUUCAAAGCCAGCUGGGAAGAACUUAACAAACAGGCAGUAAAACGAUUGGAUUCAUUACAUGAUUGUCAUCAAAAAUCACUAAAGUACAGAGAGCAUGCAGAAAGCCUGAGGCCUUGGAUAAAAGAAUGUGAAAAGAAAGUGUUAGCAGUGAAGGUGUGCCUUGAUCUUGCUGAAAUUGAUAACUCUAUUGCAGAGGUAAGAGCACUGCAAAAAGACAUUGACAAACAUCGUGGAAUGUUGGGAUUAUUAAACAAUGCUGCAGACAGUUUACUUGAAGCCAGCGAAGCGGACAAAGAAGCCAUCACUGAGGAGAAAAUGGAGAUUGGUCAGAAAGUUGACACAGUCGGUGAGCAGUUACAUCAGAAGAGAGACACACUUGAAGAAACAGCACAGCGCAUCAGAGAGUUUCAAGAAACUGCUAAAGAAAUGAAGAAACAACUGAAUGAUGCAAGAGAACAGCUUAAUGCUUAUGAUAGCCUUGGACCCCAAGCUUUCAGCAACAAGCAGUUAACAGUAAUGCAGUCUCAGCAAAAGGUGCUUCAGGCAUUGAAGUGUCAGGUAGAUAGCCUGAUAAACACUGCUCAUAAUCUUGUGGUAGAUGUACCUGAUGGAGGAGGUGUUUCUGACAUUCUUCUGGAAACUCAGAAUCUUGAGCAAGAGCAUAGUACAGUAAGCCAGGAGACGGAUGACAAAUGUUCAUUUUUGGAGACAAAAUUACAAGGAAUUGGUCAUUUCCAAAACAGCAUUAGAGAAAUGUUUUCUCAGUAUGCAGACCUGGAUGAUGAACUUGAUAGCAUGUCACCUGUAGGACGAGAUAUGGAGACACUGCAGUCCCAGGAAGAAGGCAUCAAGGCUUUUGUCUCCAGGCUUCAGGAGCUGAUAACAAAUGCAGACAAUGCAAACAAAAACUGCAAGAUGAUGCUGGAGUCUGAAGGUUCUCCGCCUGAUCUCAUGGGUCUCAAAAGAGAUUUGGAAACUCUUAGCAAACAAUGUAAGAAGUUGCUAGACAGGGCAAAGAACAGAGAGAGGGAUGUAGAAACAACCGCAGCACAGACUGGAGAAUUUUAUACAAAGAUAAAAGAGUUUUUGAACUUAAUUACAACCAUUGAAGAACAUGAGAAAUCUCAGGAUCCUGUAGGGAUGGAACUGGAAAUUAUUAAUCAGCAAUUGAAUUCAUUUAAGGUUUUUCAGAAAGACAAAAUUGAGCCACUUCAAACUUGUCUACAGGAAGUUAAUUCUUUGGGGUAUGGCCUUAUACAAAGUGCAGCAAAAAACACCAGCACCAAGUGCCUUGAACAUGACCUGGAGAAUGUCAACACAAGAUGGAAUACACUCAACAAGAAGAUUGCAGAACGGUCUGCACAGCUACACGAAGCCCUCCUCCACUGCGGCCAGUUUCAGGAUGCACUGGAAUCCCUCCAGAGUUGGCUGAAUGACACAGAAGAACUUGUAUCCAAUCAGAAGUUGCCAUCUGCAGAAUUCAAAGUUGUAAAAGCUCAGAUUCAAGAACAAAAGCUGCUUCAGAGAUUACUAGAUGACCGCAGACCAACUGUGGAGUUAAUCCGACGAGAAGGAGAGAAGAUUGCAGAGUCAGCAGAUCCUGCUGACAAAGAGAAGCUUCUACAACAGCUCAGUAGUCUGGGUCAUAGGUGGGACACCCUGCUCAACAAGGCUGAGGCAAGGAAUCGUCAGUUGGAAGGCAUCUUGGUAGUUGCACAGCAGUUUCAUGAAACUUUGGAACCUUUGUCUGAAUGGCUCAGUGCCUCGGAGAAAAGACUUGCAAAUUCAGAGCCCAUUGGAACACAGACUUCAAAAUUACAGUCACAAAUUUCUCAACAUACUGCCCUGGAAGAUGACAUCUCAUCUCACAAAAAGAACUUGUGCCUGUUACUUAGUACUGGUCAGUCUUUGAAGAUAAUGAGCUCCCAAGAAGAUAAAGAUAUGAUUCAAGAAAAACUGGACUCCACUCGGUGUCGAUAUGGCGAGGUUCAGGAGAAGUGCAGUAGAAGGUCGGAAUUGUUACAGCAGGCUCAGGCCAAUGCUCAUAUCUUUGGAGAGAAUGAAGUUGGCCUAAUGAAUUGGCUGAGCGAGGUGCAAGACUUGCUCAAAGGCGUAUCAGUUCAAGAUUAUCAUCCACAAGUGUUGAAGAAACAGCACACAGAACAAGUGGCACUCCAUGAUGAUAUUAUUCACAGAAAAAAGGAUGUUGAUGAGGCUAUACUUAAAGGACUAGAACUUCUGAAACAAACAACAGGGGAUGAGGUGGUGGUGAUUCAGGAAAAGCUGGACAGUAUCAAAGCUAAGUAUGCAGACAUAAUGAAAAUGAGUUCUGAUGUUUCCCAAACCCUGGAAAAGGCCCUGCAGUUUGCAACAAAGUUCCAGUUAACUCAUGAAGAGCUGAGUGCUUGGCUUGGUGAUGUGGAGGCUGAACUUGUUAUGUAUGAAGAUUCAGUACCGACUGGGGAGCAGCUGUCUCAAUCACAGGACCGGAUGAAGGCAUUAAAAACACAGACCAAAGAUUACAAAGCUGUCCUGGAUUCCCUCAAUGAAGUUGGCAGCACGCUGUUAGAACUCGUGCCAUGGAGGGCAAGAGAAGGGUUGGAUAAACUGGUUGCUGAAGUCAAUGAUCGAUACAGGUCUGCAACUGAUACCAUCACACAGAAAGUGGAAGAGAUAGAUGCUGCUAUACAGAGAUCACAGCAGUUUGAACAAGCAGCUGAUGCUGAGCUGAACUGGCUUACAGAGAUUGAGAAGAAGUUGUCAUCCCUGGGGGAUAUUAGGCUUGAACAAGACCAAACCACAGCUCAGUUACAAGUUCAAAAGGCCUUUACUAUGGAUAUAAUGCGGCACAAAGAUGCUAUUGAUGACCUUGUUAAGGCUGGAGAAAAUGCUAUGAAUUCCUUCAGUGAUGAAGAAAAACAAGUACUAAAGGAGAAGCUGGAGACUUUGAUGAAGAAGUGUGGAGUGGUCAGUCAGAUGAACUCUGACCGAUAUCUGCAGCUGGAGCGUGCCCAGUCAAUGGUCAGUCAGUUCUGGGAGACAUAUGAAGAGCUCUGGCCAUGGAUUCAGGAAACUGAAAUGAAAGUCUCAGAGCUCCCUGGCCCAGCUAUUGAGUACGACACUUUGAAGCAGCAGCAGGAGGAACUCAGGGAACUGCGUGAACUGAUUGCUGAGCAUAAACCUCAUAUCGAUAAAAUGAAUAAGACCGGGCCCCAGCUGCUCGAACUGAGUCCGACGGAAGGCCUUGCCAUCAAAGACAAGUACGUGGCUGCAGACUUACUUUACAGCCGAAUAAAGGAGGAUGUGAAGCAGCGAGCACUGGCAUUAGACGAAGCAGUAGCCCAAUCAACGCAGUUUCAUGACAAAAUCGAUCCAAUGCUUGAGAGUUUGGAACGUAUUGUUGAACGACUGAGACAGCCAGCUUCCAUUUCUGCUGAAGUUGAGAAGAUCAAAGAACAAAUUUCAGAAACCAAAAACGUGGCAGUCGAGCUGGAGAAGCUUCAGCCAGCCUAUGAAAUGCUGAAACAGCGUGGAGAGGAAAUGAUAGCACGCUGUGGAGGAGCUGACAAAGAUCUGUCAGCUAAAGCUGUGCAGGACACAUUGGAUCAGAUGUUUUUUACUUGGGAGGAUAUUCAAGCAUUAGCAGAGGAGAGAGAAGCCAAACUGCUGGAUGUAAUGGACCUGGCAGAGAAAUUCUGGUGUGAUCACUCAUCCAUCAUUGUUACAAUUAAGGAUACACAGGAUUUUGUUCGUGGACUAGAGCUACCUGGGAUAGAUCCAUCUGUGGUCAAACAGCAGCAAGAAACGGCAGAGAGCAUCAGAGAGGAAAUUGAUGGGCUUGAAGAAGAGCUUGAUGCAGUGAAGAACUUGGGAGUGGAGCUAAUUGCUGCUUGCGGUGAACCUGAUAAACCUCUUGUGAAAAAGAGCAUAGAUGAGCUGAAUUCUCUUUGGGAUGGAGUUAACAAGGCAUGGAAUGAGCGGAUGGAAAAACUUGCCGAAGCUAUGCAGGGUGCUGUACAAUAUCAAGAUGGACUUCAGGCGAUGUUUGACUGGAUGGAUAUUGCAGAGUGUAAACUAGCUUCAAUGCCACCAGUUGGAACUGACCUGGAGACCGUCAAACAGCAAAUAGAAGAACUGAAGCAAUUUAAGACAGAAGUGUAUCAACAGCAGAUAGAAAUGGAACGCCUAAAUCAUCAAGCAGAGCUUCUGCUGAAGAAAGCAGCUGUGGAUUUUGACAAACAUACAGUUCAGGACCCAGUCACAGAGCUAAAACUUCUGUGGAAUAACCUGGAUGAAAAAAUUGUCCACAGAAAGCACAAACUGGAAGGUGCGCUGUUGGCCCUGGGACAGUUCCAGCAUGCCUUAGAUGAACUCAUGGCAUGGAUGACACAUACCGAAGAGCUGCUGAAUGAACAGAAGUCUGUUGCAGGUGAUCCCAAGGCUAUCGAAAUUGAACUUGCAAAACAUCAUGUGUUACAGAAUGAUGUGCUAGCACACGAGUCUACAGUGGAAGCCGUGAAGAAGGCGGGGAAUGAUCUAAUCGAAUCAAGUGCUGUGGAAGAAGCUAGCAAUCUGCAAAGCAAGCUGGGAACUCUGAAGCAACGCUGGAAGAAUGUAAUGGAAAAGACCGAGCUGAGGAGGCAGAUGCUAGAUAAUGCUCUUCUACAGGCUCAGGGCUUCCAUGGUGAAGUUGAAGACCUGCAACAGUGGCUGACAGAACUUGAACGGCAGUUAUUGUCUUCAAAACCUGUUGGAGGAAUGCCAGAGACAGCUAGAGAGCAACUUAAUUCUCAUUUGGAUCUUGUUGCUGCAUUUGAAGGCAAAGAACUGUUGUACAAGGGUUUACUAAUGAAAAACCAGCAGAUACGCGGUAUCUGUCCAGAGUCAGGGGACACAACAGCUAAUGUGGAGAUUGACAACUUAAAAGAGAAAUGGGAAUCUGUUGAGACAAAACUCAAUGAAAGAAAGGUGAAACUAGAAGAGGCAUUAAAUUUGGCAAGUGAGUUCCAUAACUCCCUGCAGGACUUUAUCAACUGGCUCACACAGGCUGAACAGACCCUCACCAUGGCCUCUCCAGCGAGUCUUAUUCUUGACACUGUUAUGUUUCAGAUCGAUGAACACAAGAUUUUUGCCACUGAAGUGAAUUCCCAUCGUGAGCAGAUCAUGGAGCUUGAUAAAGCUGGAACUCACCUUAAGUACUUCAGCCAAAAGCAGGAUGUUGUCCUAAUCAAGAAUCUGUUGCUCAGUGUUCAGAGCAGAUGGGAGAAGGUAGUACAGAGGUCUGUGGAACGAGGGCGUGCUUUGGAUGAUGCAAAGAAGCGAGCCAAACAGUUACAUGAAGCCUGGACUAAACUAAUGGAAUGGUUAGAAGAAUCAGAGAAGUCAUUAGAUUCUGACCUUGAAAUUGCCAACGAUCCUGACAAAAUUAAAAUGCAGCUUACACAACAUAAGGAAUUCCAGAAAGCACUUGGAGCAAAACAUUCAGUCUAUGACACUACAAGUCGAACAGGAAGAUCACUGAAGGAAAAAGCAUCUCUGACAGAUGACAUUCAGAAACUGGAUGAUAUGCUUAGUGAACUGAGGGAUAAAUGGGACACAGUCUGUGGGAAGUCUGUAGAAAGGCAGAACAAGCUGGAAGAAGCCCUGCUGUUUUCAGGACAGUUUACAGAUGCUCUGCAGGCUCUCAUUGACUGGUUGUACAAAGUCGAGCCUCAGCUGGCAGAAGAUCAGCCUGUUCACGGGGACAUUGAUCUAGUGAUGAAUCUAAUCGAUAGUCACAAGGUCUUCCAAAAGGAGCUAGGGAAAAGAACUAGUGGUCUUCAAGCACUUAAACGAUCUGCGCGUGACCUUAUUGAAGGAAGCACAGAUGACUCCUCCUGGGUGAAAGUGCAAAUGCAAGAAUUAAGCACACGUUGGGAAACAGUAUGCACCCUUUCUGUGUCUAAGCAGCAUAGACUUGAGCAAGCACUCCACAAGGCAGAAGAAUUCCACUCAGCAGUGCAUAUUUUGUUGGAAUGGUUAGCUGAAGCUGAACAAGCCCUUCGUUUUCAUGGAUCCCUCCCAGAUGAUGAGGAAGCAUUGCGUUCACUUAUAGACCAGCACAAGGAAUUUAUGAAAAAACUGGAGGAAAAAAGACUUGAACUCACAAAAGCAACAGGUAUGGGAGAGACGAUAUUGGCCGUCUGUCAUCCAGACUCCAUUACUACUGUCAAGCACUGGAACACUAUCAUACGGGCUAGAUUUGAGGAGGUACUGGCAUGGACCAAACAGCAUCAACAAAGGCUGAAUGGGGCACUUGGGGAAGUUAUUGCAAACAAGGAGCUCUUGGAGACCUUGCUAAAGUGGCUGCAGUGGGCAGAAUCGACUCUUAACAAGAAAGAUAAGGAUGCCAUCCCAGAAGAAAUUGAUGAUGUGAAAUCACUCAUUGCUGAACACCAGGCAUUCAUGGAAGAAAUGACAAGAAAACAGCCAGAUGUGGACAAGGUGACAAAGACCCAUAAGAGGAAGCCAGUGGAGCCCACUCAGAACCAGUCACAGAUCCCUGUUCUGGACAAGGGAAGAGGAGGAAGGAAACGUUCUACAACUCCAGGUCUGUAUUCUGGGGCACAAACACAGAUUGAGACCAAAAACCCACGUGUCAACCUUCUUGUUGGCAAAUGGCAACAAGUCUGGCUACUGGCAUUAGAGAGAAGAAGAAAACUUAAUGAUGCACUCGACCGACUGGAAGAGCUUAGAGAAUUUGCCAACUUUGACUUUGAUAUCUGGAGAAAGAAGUACAUGCGAUGGAUGAAUCAUAAGAAGUCCAGAGUAAUGGACUUCUUUAGACGAAUUGACAAAGAUCAAGAUGGAAAAAUAACAAGACAAGAAUUCAUUGAGGGCAUUCUCUCCUCAAAGUUUCCAACCAGCCGUUUAGAAAUGAGUGCUGUGGCAGAUAUCUUUGACAGAGAUGGUGAUGGCUAUAUUGACUACUAUGAAUUUGUAGCAGCACUUCAUCCAAACAAAGAUGCUUACAAACCUCUUACAGAUGCCGACAAAAUUGAAGAUGAGGUGACUCGUCAAGUAGCCAAGUGCAAAUGUGCAAAACGUUUCCAAGUCGAGCAGAUUGGAGACAACAAGUACAGGUUCUUCCUGGGAAAUCAGUUUGGUGACUCACAGCAGUUACGUCUUGUCCGCAUACUACGGAGUACGGUAAUGGUCCGUGUUGGGGGUGGAUGGAUGGCCCUGGAUGAAUUCUUGGUGAAAAAUGAUCCAUGCAGAGUUCAUCACCAUGGAAGUAAAAUGUUACGCUCGGAAUCAAACUCUUCAAUUACUACUCAGUCUCCUAUAGCUAAGGGAAGAACAAAUGUGGAACUACGGGAAAAGUUUAUGUUGCCUGAUACUCCCGGACAGUCAGUUUCUGCUUUCCGACCUCGGGGUCGUAAGUCUGGACCUCCUUCAAGAGCUGCUUCUCCCAGCAGGUCCAAUUCUAUCUCAGGUCAGGGUGGCCCUGUAGGGCCUCAGCCAGCACCCCUAACAACUACUCCAAAGACGCCAUAUCCUGUAACACGCAAUUAUGAUAAGCCAUGGCUGGCAAACAGCAAAACAUCAACACCUUAUAAGUCACCAGAGUCCCCUGAGAGUCCUGCCCAUUCUGUAGAGGGGACUCCAAUUCAAGGCACCAAACUCCGGCUUCCAGGGUAUUUGUCAGGAAAAAGCUUUCAGUCCACAGAAGACAGUAACUUGAUAUCAUCUGCAGCUUUCAGAGCCAGGACACAAGUAGCUGAAAGUAGGAAGACUCCAAGCAGACCUGGAAGCAAACCAGGCAGCCGCAGAGGCAGUGAUGCCUCAGACUUUGACAUUUCUGAAAUCCAGUCAGUAUGUUUGGACACUGCUGAUGUCACUCAUGAAACUAGUAAGCCUGGGUCGCGAACAAGUUCACGCUCAGCAUCAGCAAAACCUUCCAGAAUUCCCACUCCCCAAAAGAGGUCACCUGCAGUCUCCAGAGUGGGUACAACUUCCAAAAGAUAGUGAGACUGACUCCACAGAGUAUAUCAUGUGCAUUAACUAUUUAAGUCUUUAAGAUGUAAAAUAUUAUGUAGAAAUUAUUGUGAAAUAUUGAAAAAAUGUGGACUUUUUAAUGCUGCAAAAGGCCUUAUUUGUGUAUUUGUCCUGUAUGUUCUGUGAAUUUUUCUGUCAAUAAUUUUGUUGAUGCCAUAUUUUAUUUAGAAAGAGACUUUAAUAAGUUAAAAACUUAUUUUACUUAAUAAUGUACGGUUGCUAUUUCAUGAUCACUACAAACAGUCAUGGACUGUUGUUUGGUCCUUUUGGAGCUGAGAAGGCAGUUAGUUUUUAUAGUAACUGUCAGCUUCUAAGAAACUGACACACUGCGUUUUGGAUGCAGACAGGAAAAAACACUACAUUUGUCUGACAGGAUGCAAAGUCUUUCAGACAUCCAGACCAUCAUCAAAUGAAAACAAACUAUCCGGAAACUUCAUCAACUCACUCACUAUUAUGUUAAGCAGUAUUCAUCUACGUUUUCAGGAGUCCUGUGCCAGUUGUUUAAGUUAUAACCAAGGCAAUAUGUCCAUUCUUCUAGAAAACUGUUCUGUUUCGUUCCAGUAUGAAACGUGUCAUGUAAUACAGAAUUUUCUUCUGCUUGUGUGAAUGACAGCACUGUAUCAUAAGGCUCAUUUUUGUAUUAAAGCAACUUGGCUUUCUGAGAGCUGUGAAAAUAAAUUGUACCUGAAACAGCUAUGUUGUUCUUAAGAAAUAUAUAUAUAUAUAUAUAUAUAUAUAUAUAUAUAUAUAUAUAUAUAUAUAAGAAAACGAUGUAGCACCUAGCUUGUCUAAGUAUUAAUUAGGCUGACAUCUACAGGAGCAUUUGCACUUUGUUCAUCACUGUUGAUCAACUCCAGAGUACAAAUUCCCAAAGAAACACUGUGUUCAUGUUGUGUGGAAAAUGGCAGAAUUAUUUAAAAGUAAUAAUUGUAUGAAAUGCCUAUGCAUUUUGUGAAGAUAAAGUUGUCUUCCCUAGAAAGUACUUAAUCAUUUACAGAGACACUUUGAGGAUAAUAUUACAGGUCCCAUUGAAAGUCAUUUUCUGCAUUUAUGAAGCAACAGACUGAAAUGUGUUUAGGGUAUCAUUUUGUUAUAUUUUAAUUUAAUUUAAUUUAGAUUUAGAACUUGCCCCGGUUAAUAUUGAAUUUGGUCCUUUUUAAAUGGGCAGUUUUAGGACUUUUUAUCUGCUGUUGCAGUAUACACUGCACUUUUUUUUUUAACCCAAAUGUUCUUAUUGAAGCCCGGCUUAUUAGUGGGUCAUUUCUAUAGCAAUGGAAAAUGGCAAUGUCAUAUACAUCAUGUCAGGGAAAGCACUCGGCUAAUGUACAGUGAUAUCAAAUGUAUUAAAUUCGGCCCACAAGAAAAGGCGUACAUAUAGAAUAUAGUAAAAUCAAACUUUGAUUUUGUCUUCAUUUUCAGAAGUUCAUAUUUAUUUUUUAUAAGUACAAAAAUGGUAAUCUGGAAAUAGUACAAUUUGCAAUGUAUUAACUAGAAUUUUGCUUUUACAUGUACAUUAUGGCCUAAUAAAUGCAUAAUUUAUUCAUUAAAAAUCUUAACUAAAA